GCCGCUGUGGCACAAGGUUAAAUCAAGGAGAAAGCGGCACAAACAGACGCCAUUGCUAAGCUACGCAGCGAGAGUGAAAGAAGAUCUCCAGGCUGCAGUUCCUCCUUGCGCCCUUCCCCCAUGGCAGCUCUGCUGUGGAAACUUCAGGCUAACAGGCAAGUAGUGGCCCUUCUCCUCUUUCUGUGCGCGUCCGAGGUUGACGCGGGCACAGUGCGGUAUUCUGUGGCUGAAGAGAUGGAGAGCGGUUCCUUUGUGGCCAAUGUAGCCAAGGACGUAGGGCUGGAGGCCGGGGAGCUGUUGGCCAGAGGGGCGAGGCUGGUUUCAGAUGACAGCAAGCAGCAUUUUCGGCUCCACCGCAAGACCGGAGAUCUGUUUGUGAAAGAGAAGUUGGAUCGGGAGGAGCUGUGUGGGAAAGCCGACCCGUGCGUGCUGCGCUUUGAAAUUGUCCUGGAGGAGCCGCUGCAGUCCUUCAGAGCCGAGGUAAGGGUUUUUGAUAUCAAUGACAAUGCCCCAGUGUUCCCAAACCACGGGCCACUUUUAAAGAUCCCUGAAAGCACUCCCCUGGGGUCUCGGUUUCCUUUGCAGAGCGCCCAGGAUUUGGACGUGGGGCUCAAUGGCCUUCAGAAUUACACUCUGAGCGCCAACGCCUAUUUCCACUUGCAUACUCGUUUCCGCAGCCACGGCCCCAAGUAUGCGGAACUCGUACUAAUUAAACCCCUAGAUAGAGAGGAACAACCCCAGGUCAAUUUAACCCUCACGGCAGUGGACGGCGGCUCCCCGGCUAAAUCUGGAACAGCUCAGAUCCUCGUCAUGGUUCUUGACGUCAAUGACAACGUCCCACAGUUUUCUCGGUUGGUGUACCGCGCCCAGAUUUUGGAGAAUAGUCCUAAUGGUUCUUUAGUAACCUCAGUGUCCGCUACCGACCUAGACGAGGGCACUAACCGAGAAAUAGCAUAUUCUUUGGCUCAGAACCCAGAAGGUAUUCUCCAAACUUUCCAUAUCAACUCUGAAAAUGGAGAAAUCCGACUCCGAGGGCCGGUGGAUUUUGAGGUCAUUGAAAACUACGAUAUUGACGUUCAAGCUAUUGAUGGUGGGGGGCUGUCUGCUCACAGCAAAGUCCUGGUGGAAGUGGUGGAUGUGAACGAUAACGCCCCGGAUGUGUUAGUCACCUCCAUUUCAAGCCCGAUCCCAGAGGACUCUCCACUCAAUACUGUCGUGGCCCUUUUUGGUGUGCGAGACCGUGAUGUUCGAGUAGGAGGGAAAAUCACCUGCUUCCUUCAAGGCGAUCUUCCGUUUGCCAUCAAACCGACGUUCAGAAAUUCCUACUCCCUGGUCACUGGAGGGGCCCUUGAUCGCGAAAAAGUCCCAGGAUAUAACCUGACCAUUGUCGCAAUGGAUACAGGGAUUCCUAAACUGUCCACAGAGACUAUCAUCGAAGUACUGAUAUCCGACAUUAAUGAUAAUCCCCCUGUGUUUAAGGAGACUUCUUAUACCAUGACUGUCCGAGAGAACAACAGCCCCGCAGUGUUUAUUGGCAAAGUCCACGCUGAGGACCUAGAUUCCGAAGAGAAUGCUCAGAUUACUUAUUCUCUGCUUCCUCCCGAAAGUGGCGAUCUCUCUGUCUUCUCCUAUAUUUCCAUUAAUCCGAACAAUGGGAAGCUCUAUGCUUUGAGAUCUAUGGACUACGAAGCUAUCCAGGCCUUUCAAUUCGUAGUGAAGGCUGUAAAUGGUGGUCCCCUGCCUCUGAGCAGCCAAAUCACCGUCCGAGUAGUUGUCUUGGAUGUCAACGACAAUCUCCCAAUGAUCUUGUACCCGCUGCAAAAUAGCACUUCGCCUUGCAAUGACCUGGUGCCCAGGGCAGCAGAGGUGGGUUACUUGGUGACCAAGGUGGUCGCUGUUGAUGGGGACUCUGGUCAGAAUUCCUGGCUUUCUUAUGAGCUACUCAAGGCCACAGACCUUGGGCUGUUUUCCGUGGGACGACAAAAUGGAGAAAUUCGAACCUUGCGGCUGAUAUCGGAGAGAGACCACAUGAAGCAAAAAAUGGUCAUCGUGGUUCGGGAUCACGGCCAGCCUAGCCUCUCUACCACCGCCACGUUGAACAUUCUGCUGGUGGAUGGCUUCUCUGAUCCCUAUGUACAGCUUCGGGAGCAGACCAAACGCGAGAGGAAGACAAACCCCUCCACUAAAUACCUGGUCAUUUCCUUGGCUGUGCUUUCCUGUCUCUUUCUGUUUUCAGUCACUGUAAUCUUUCUCAUUCACAUUUAUCAGAAGAUCAAAUAUCGAGAAAAACAGUUUACGACCUCUGAGCACUUCUACUAUGACUGUAGUUUCCCUAGUCAUUUGAUAGAUGGGCAGGGUGGAGAGACUCUAGGUCGAGUCUGUCCCUAUGAAGUGGGCUCGGCUACUGGCACUAGUAAUAGUGAAUUCCGGUUUCUCAAGCGAUUCAUGCCCAACUUCCCAGCUUCUUCCUGUGUGGUAGAAAGAAAUAAGGAAGAAAGUGGAUCCCAUUUACCUUCCAACUUGGAUUUGGACAGCCCAAGAAGGUUGGAGGGCUAUCCCAGAAUGUCUGAUGAAUGUAUGUGAGUCCUUGUUAAUGGCCAUAAGUGAAAGUUAGAUUGUCAAAAUGCACCUCUAUUCAACUGAACUACAUCCUGUGUAACACCUGAGUCCUUACUUAUGUCUUGCAAAGAGUAAACCUAAAGUCAGUCUUGGAAAUGAACAUAGCAAGUGAUUUUCUCAGUACAACAAAAAUAUGGUAGUCCCUAUAACUAAUAGCUCUAGCCUUCCAACAGCUGGAAUCCCAUUAAGGAGGUGAAGUAACUAAUUUAUCAGAGAGCUAAGAUCUUUCAACUUUCUUCUGCUUCCUGAGGUGGGCUUGUUAAUGAAUGACUCCCUCACUUCUGCACAACCCAGAAAGAGAUCCAUCUUCAUUGUUUCCAUGCAAACACUCCAUUCCUUACUUUGAAGUCUUCAAAUGUCUUCACAGAUGGGCCAUAACCAGGGCAGAAGACUCCCAACCGCUGAUGGCCUAUUCAGAAUUCUCCAGUUUUUGCCCUUCUGUGGGUGAUUAAGAAAAGUUAGGGAAGAACUUUCUGUUAUGUGGGAUCCUUCUCUCCAGGAUAAGGAGUGAUAAUCAGAAAAUCAGUGGCAUAUUUUCUCUUAUCCAGAAAUCUCUGUGUUGGGGGAUGAGACAACUGCUUUCUAUCUAGUGGAAUCCUCUACCCAUCUUUAGUAAUCAGGGAUAAGCACUUGAGAAAAUCUGAUGGCUGGUAGAUACCAAAGGAAGAAAUCUCAGAAGCAGCAAUGAAAAUCAAAAUGGAAAUGUGUCAACAGAGCUAAGUGAGAAGCUGCAUAUGGCUUAAGUUGUGGAGCACAAAUUUCUUCGGUACUAAAUUGUCAUUUAACUUCCUUGACAAGAUAAACUCAUGUCUAUAUUGGAUCAAGUCUCUCUCUCUUGAUUGCAGGAAUGGUCUUCUUGUGUUUAGAUAUUCAGAAGAUGUCUACUUGAGGAAAAUUGUAACUCCCCCCCCCCCAUAGAAACUGUUUGGUUAAUUUUCUUACAAUCUCACACUUUUAGGGAAUCAAUUUAGGAAUCAAAUAGAGAUUAUUAGAGGCAUCAGUGAAAUAAGAUAAAACUAUCAGCAAAAUUAAAUUAUGAGACCAACUUUCCCAUUAAAAAGAAGCUUUUGAGUCCAGGUAGAUGUUGGUAAGUGGAACAAAGUUUUCACAAAGAACAGAUGUCUACUGCAAGUAGUCUUGAAGAAUGGACUUUGUAGACCUUGCUUGAAAAAUCACAGAAUAAUGAACCCAAUUACAUUUCAAAGUCUACAUAAAGUAAGGUCUCUUUGGGAAAACUCAUUUUAAAAACUCUAGUUGUGAAACUGCUUCCUGAAGUUUACCAAUGUGUCAGGCCUAGGCCUUAAGCAAGCAGAGUAUUCCGAAGAAGAAUGUUUCCAUGGCAAAGGCCCUGUAUAAAUCCAGUUCCUCCUUCUCAGGUCUACAUUUAAUUAGAGUGAAUCUCUAAGGGAGAUGAGGUCUACAUCGAUUGGCCACAAUCAAGAAACUUUUUUUUUAAU